CAGAUGUGGAACAUUCCUGUUAGUGAGGCGCUUUGCCCGUGCACAGACGGCGGCCGCUGCAGAGGGAGCUGAGGACACGGACAGCGCGCUCCCCGCGUUUGCUCACAGGCCACGGAAACAGGGUAUAAUCAACCAUUUGUAACCACUUGUCAAAUCUCACGAGGAAGACAUUAAUUGCACUUGUCUACAUAUUCUUCCGUGAUUCGUAGAAUUUGACGAGUGUCGUCAUAACCCGCUGUUCCCAGCAUGCAGUCAGAGCCAGAUCAGUUGUCCGUCCUCAUGGACUUCAAGCCCAUCCUGCUGGUGCUCUUGGUGAUCAGGCCGGCACAGACCACCACUGCAGACUACGACUAUGGUGGGAUUCCCCUCCGGAUCAACCGUCUGCGUGGAGAGCCCAGUGUCCUGAGUCUAUGGGACCGGAUUGAACCCGGUUGGUUCAGGUCUGUGAACCCGCAGGUCUGCCCUGCCGAGUGUGACUGUCCCAUCCAAUGGCCCUCAGCCAUAUAUUGUGACCACAGGGCGAUGCACCAGCUCCCUGCCAGCCUCCCACCUCGGACUCAGUACCUCUUCCUGCAGAGAAACAACAUUUCUGGUAUUGGUGCCAACGCCUUCGGUAACUCCACCCAUUUGCGUUGGCUCCUCCUUGACCACAACCAGCUAGUAAAUGACCAGGUGGCCCACUCGGCCUUCUCCAACCUUUCCUACCUGGAGAUUUUGUUCAUGAAUCACAAUAACUUGACGGCGAUCCCAACUGGGUUACCCGAUGGCCUCCGGCAGCUCCGACUAGCACAUAACCAAAUCCAGAAGAUCUCGCCCCGGGCUUUCCAGAACCUGCAGAACCUCACUCUGCUACUUCUUCAAGGAAACCAACUGAAGGUCAUCAGUGAUGAAGACUUCACAGGCCUACUCUCACUCAAUCUGUUGGAUCUCAGUCAAAACCACCUGGAAGAAUUCCCCAAGCACCUACCCCCAGCAGUGCAGCAGCUGUACCUCUCCAACAACUCCCUGCGAUCCCUGGGAGAUGAUAGCCUGCACGGCUUCCACAGUUUGCGUUACCUCCGUCUGGGACGCAACAGGCUUCAGAGCUCAAGCCUUUCCGCAGGUGCCUUCAACCUGAGCUCCUUGGUGGAGCUGGACCUCUCCUACAACCAGCUGACCUCCACCCCCACAGUGCCAACCACUCUUCAGUACCUGUAUCUGGAGGUCAACCUCAUCCACGAAUUCAACGUGUCCAGCUUCUGUAGAGCAGACGGGACCGCGGACUACUCCAGGCUCCGGAUCCUGAGGAUGGAGGGCAACAGGAUGGCCUACCACCAGCUGCCGUCAGACUGGGUCAUGUGUCUGCGGGUGAUCCACCGCAUCUACAUCUGAAUCAUCAUUACCCACAAUGCAAGAGCUGGCACUCCGUCCCCGUCUGUGGCCUUGGCGAAUCAUCCGCCCGUCUCCACAGACUUUGACCACGGCAUCACUUCCACACGCUUUGCUGUCUGCUCGACUCUCUUAAAGUGACUCUAACUGCAGUCUUAUUUUCCGCUAUAGUUGAUGCCAGCAGACACUGUUUCUAACCCCUGGGGCAGAUUAAUGCAUGGGCUCUCCUAGGAGAGAGAGCUAAGGUCAGUGCUUCACAAUCUGGUCCUCGGGGACCCACAGAUAGUCCAUAUUUCCCCAAAGACCAGAUUGGGAAACACUAACCCAGGGCAAUGUCAAGCCAGUCCAGUACCAGAUGUUCUUCAUUGUUUGGUUUGUUCUCGAUUGCUUGGGGCACAUGGGCUGGGCCCCGGGAGGGAGCGAAAAUGUGAACUGCCCCUGAAGACUGGGUUAGUAGACAUUGCCUUAGGGCCCCAGCAGACAUCAGGGCCUCGCCUUGGAAAAUAUGGAACGGUGAAUUAAUUCGGCAACACCCGACUGUCCAUGCUGAUGUCAACCCUGGGCCCCAUGUAAUUGCCGCCUAUUCCUGAACCAGCCUCUCAACAAGUCCGAGAAUAAAGACCAGCCAAUCCUGAGGGUUUGAGGUCCCUCCUAAAGUGAUGUAAGAGAUUGUUAAGGAGCCGGGUGGACACUGUGCUGUACAACAGAGAGGGGUGCAAAAAUGUCUCCAAUAUCAUUCAGCUGUACAUAUAUGUAAAUGGACUGCAUGGAGGUCAAAAUCUGCUAACCGGCAAAACAUGAGAGAAAUUUUUUCCCAGGUUCUCGUUCCAGUUAUGAGUUUGAAGGUUGCAUUUUUGUAACAUAAUGCACAACACAGAUAUAUACAUUUAAAAAUGCAUGCACAGACACAAAUAAACAUAUACAGUGUGCAUAAAACAUGUUUCUGUGACUAAAACAGAUCGGCUUCUGCCCAGGAUGGCUUUUUUUGUUUAGCUAAUGGCAUCUAUGUCUGUAAUGUGGUGUAAUGCAUAUUUACACAGUACUUUACUGUGGGUGCUUAGUCCUAAUGCAAUUCUAAUCCACAUCUAUUAGUUCUAAGUAAUUACAGUGAAAACGCCAUCAUCUUCUAGCCUCUUAAGCAAGUGACCCAUGGCGCAGUGAAAUUUCAGAUGUAAACGGACCUGCCUGCAUUAAUAAAAGCGGCUCCUUCCUUUUAGCAAAUUCCUGCUCAUUUAGUCUUCUGCUCAACUGGACUCAACUAAUCCCUCAUGCCUGUGGUUAUACUGUGUAAAACAGGUGCAUUUAAUAAAAAUGAUGAAAAAAUA